GCUGUCAUAUACUACAGGUUCAGGUCUCAGAAGCCCGAUCAUAUUGCCACAAUCAAGUUCGAUGGAACAGGACUAACCGUCUUUGAACUCAAGCGGGACAUCAUAUUAGCAAAUAAUCUGUUGCAUUCAACAGAUGUGGAUAUAGUACUUUACAGCACAGAAGAUAUCCAAGACACCAAAAGCUGGGGUUAUCAAAAUGGUGGAUCCUCGUCUGCUGGUGAGAGAGAGUUGGAUGACGAUAAUGAGGUUGUUCCCCGUUCCACAACCGUUCUUGUACGCAGAACCAUGACUCCCAAAAAAAACAAGGGGAACGUACAAAGGUACGUGGCGGGCAAGCCGAGGUUGCAAGUUUCUGGUACAAAUUCAGUCAACAAGUCGAUUAGUUUAGGGAACAAUGUUGGAGGGACUAUGAAUUUUGGGGAUGCCGCCACUAAUGGGGAUGAGGAUGACAUGAUCAAGAAAAUGUUUAGUGUGCAAGAUGAGCAAUGGUCACAGCAGCAAGAUGUGAUGGCAACAGCUACAAGAGUGGACAACUUUAGAACGAAUGUUAAUGAGCCAGUUCCAGAAUACUAUAUCUGUUACAAAUGUGGUGAAAAAGGCAAGCAUCAUAUCAAGAACUGUCCAAAGAAUAACGAUCCAAAUUGGGAAGGUGUUCGUGUUAGGAAGACGACCGGUAUUCCAAAAAGUCAUUUGAAAGCAAUUGAAAAUCCAGAAGAUACGAUCCGGGAUUCCAAUUCCUCGGGAAAUACUACAUAUAUGGUCAACGAUGAGGGUAAAUAUGUUGUUGCAGUUGCAGAUACCAAAGCGUGGGAGAAAUAUCAGAAAACGAAGAAAGGUGAAAGCGGAGGUUAUUUGAACGGCGAUGUUGAUGUUGAUGAUGGUGAGUUGAAAGAUCCAGAAACCGGAAAAUUGUGGAAAAGUCCUGUACGAAUACCUUGUUGCAAUAAAAUUUUCUCCAGAAAGAUCAUCGAAGACAAACUUAUUGAUAGUGAUUUUACGUGCCCAAGUUGUGGAAAGGAACAAAUUUAUCUAGACACUUUGGUUGCAGACGAAGAACUACAAGCAAAGGUAGAUGAAUAUGUCAAAAACCUCUCGGAAAAUAAGAAUAAUGAUGGAAACUCUCCAAAAAGAAGGCAAGUCAAUCCUGCAGGAGCCACCGCCAAUACUAGCCAGUUACCGCAAAUUCCGAUGAUGCCUAUGCCCCCUAUUAAUAUGCAAAUGCCCCCUAUGAACAUAGGUAUGCCUCCUUUUAUGCCUUUCAUGCCGAUGCCCGGGAUGAAUCCA